GACCAUUGUAGUGGACUCUGCAGGCAAUGCAGCAUGUAUCUGGUAAGCAUCACUUUUUCAACCUUUACUAGAUUAGUGAGUCAGUGUUCUGGCAAGAGAGCAACAGCAACAUGAUGACCCCGUCCCCCCCUACAGCUGACCCCUACCACCAGGGAAACGUCAGGAUGACCCUGGAGAAGUCUGACCUCUGGAAGUCCUUCCACAACCUAGCGACUGAGAUGAUCAUCACCAAACAUGGCCGGUAAGAUACUGUUGUUGUUGUCAAAUCAAUCAUUAUCAUCAUGGCUGGUGCCAUCUCCAAACAAGUCAUUGACUGAGCACAUCCCAUGUCUCCCAUAUCCCAUUCAUUUCUCAUAUGUAAAUCUACAAAACACAAUGGACGUGUGUGCACUGAGGAGUACUUGUCACCCACAUUUCAUGCAAUACUGUAGCUUUAGCAAUGCAGUGAAACUGUCUAUGCUGCUAGUAUUCUUUUUUGUCUCGUGUAAGAAUGAGAGAGCAUAGGGUUGUGGUCAGGAUAAUACCAUUUGUGUGGGAUUGUGUGUAUCAGGAGGAUGUUUCCCCACUGCAACAUCAGUCUAUCUGGACUCCAACCCUAUGCCAACUAUGUCCUCAUGGUGGAUAUGGUUCCUGUGGACAACUUCAGAUACAGGGUAAGAACAUGUCCACCAUCCUUCUAUAAUGCCUCAUAUAUCAUGUCUUAUAUACACAUUCCAAUACAUUAAUAUUGGGAAAGGUCCUAUUGAUAACCCAAACGUAUCACAGUUUGGAAUAUAGUCAGGCAUUGUUUUAAAAGGAAACGUAAGGAGAUUAAGUAGAAGACAUGCUUGUGUAUGCAACCCCAGCAGUCAAUCUGCACACAGUCCAGAUGGUGACCCGCCCACACCCAGCCAAUCACCACACACACUGCAUAUCAAAGACCAUUACUACUUCCUGUUUUUCUACCCCCAUUUAGCACCCCACCUCCACCUCCCCCCGCUCCAAUCAAAGUGAAUGGGGAGCAAUCACCCCUCCGUGCAUCCACUGGCCCUCCCCUCAGUACACUGUUGCUUUUGACCAAAUGGCUCCAUCGAGAGAGAGUUUUCCCUUUGUUGUAUCAGUUAAUGUAUAUAUGUUGGUCGAUUAUAUGCAAUUAUGUACAUACCUACAUGAUACUACUCAAACAUGCAGUAAUAUGCACCACAGAUUCCUUACAUAUCUCACUGUAGAGACUGAGGAUAUGUGAGUUUUUGUGGAGUGUCUACAUGUUGAGUCUUGUCUUGGAGUUUGUUUCACACCUGGGUAAACCCCAUACCCCCCCCCCUGCUCUCUGUCUCUGUAGUGGAAUAAGGGCCAGUGGGACAUGGCUGGGAAAGCCGAGCCCCAGCUCCCCUGUCGGACAUACGUGCAUCCAGACUCCCCCGCUCUGGGCUCCUACUGGAUGAAGCAAUCUGUGUCCUUCCUCAAGCUCAAACUCACCAACAAUACUCUGGACCAGCACGGCCAUGUAAGUAAACCCAUCUCCUUCUCUACUGGAUCCCCAGCCCUCAACGCCUCACAGUCUGAGAGUAUACAGUACUGUCUAUAAACAAUGCUGUUAGUUGACUCAACCUGUGUUGUAUCUGUUCUGUCCCCAGAUCAUCCUGCACUCUAUGCAUCGCUACAUCCCACGCUUCUCUGUGGUCCAGGCUGACAGUCUGUACAGUGUGCGCUGGGGACACUUCCAUUCCUUCUCCUUCCCUGAGACCUCCUUCACUGCAGUCACCGCCUACCAGAACACUAAGGUCCGUCUACAAACUCACGUAUUAAGAACAUACAAACGGCACACCCAUAUAAUUCACUUUUCGGUAAUGAGUGUAACCUAAUCUGAUUUCUUCAUCUCUACUCCUGCUUUCAGAUCGCUAAACUGAAGAUUGACCACAAUCCCUUUGCUAAGGGAUUCAAAGGGGAGAAUACCCGUACUCAUAGCAAGAGGUAGGUAUUAUUAGAACUAUAACACUUUGUGCGUGUGAGGAUUUGUUUUUUUUUCUUCUUCUUCUUCUUCUUUUUUUUUUUUUUUUUUUUUUUACAUAUAAUGUUUUCCCCAUAGGUGUCGAUCCAACAAGAGUCUUGGGAAUGCUACAAAGAAAGCCAAACAAGACAAAGACCCAGGAAACAAAAGUCCCCCAGGUCCCAAUCAAUAGAAACAUAUUUAUUUCUCAACAAUAUAUGACAUUGUUAUAAUGUAAAUGGUUGCCAGCCCAUAGGCCUAUUGGCAGUCUCAUUGAUGUAAAACCUUUUCCCUUACAGACCUCCAGAGGGCAAAAUUAGACUGUGAGCCAGAGGAACAGAGGAUAGAGAUCGUGGUUUCGGAUAAGGAGGAUCUCUUGUCCCCCUGGGCCUUGAAACAGGACCCGUCCCAGAGCCACAGCCUGCACACUGAACUACUGGAGCUCCACGACCACAGACAGGACUACAGCACUGAGGAGCAGAUGGUGCCUGGCCCUGCAUCUAUGUCCUACCAACCAUACAGGUACUGUACAACCACCAAGGACACACACGGGCACACACUCACACGUUGUAAAUCACACCUUGACUUCCCUUUUUUUAGAGGAAACCCAAGGCUGACACACCACACAGACUGGUGAAUCCCCAUUUAGAGAGUCACUCUAACAGCCUGCACACCCACACGAGAACUAACAUAUGCAGAAACAGCACCCAUUAUGCCAAUAGAAAACUCAGUGACUCAGGGCUAUACUUAACAGGCCAUCUAUGAUACAAGAAGUGUAUCUAUGAUACAAGAAGUGUACACCUCCAUACUGUGCAUGAAAAAGUGGAGUCAGAGAGUGACUGAUUUCAUAUGUGGGUUGAUGUCAUGAUGGCAACAACAACUAACAGUUCAUAUCAGUAACCGCUCCAUAUUUCUCAUUCUCUCCAGAUCGGUUGAGUAUGGCAGACUUCCCUCUCCCUCCACUAUAGUGGAGGAUGGCGAAGGCAGGCGCAGCUAUGAGUCUCAUGUUCCAGAUGUAGCCACUGUCCCUGGGCACGAGACUACCAGACCUGUCCCUGUUAGGGACAUGGGUCACCCUCACCACCACCACACCUUGGCUCCAGCCAUGCCCCAGGACUACAGAGUGUCCCCGGUCCAUCUGCCCAUGUCCUCCAAAACCUACCCUGGGCACCUGGGUUACAGUUACCCCCUCUAUAGCCACUACUCCACUGACCAGGGCAUGGGUCAGUGGGCUGAGGGUGGUACAGGACAGUACUUUCCUCACCACCUACCCUUCCUCACCAGUCAAACGCUGACCGCAGACCAGGGCACCCCCCAACGCAGUGUUUAUCACCAUGGCAACAUAACGGCAGAGUGGAGCCAGAACUUGAGUUUGGACAAUGAGGCUGAUCUGGCAAUCAGAUCAGAAUAGCUGACUCAGACUCAUAAAGCGAAGGAGCGGGCUUUUACACUGUGAACAAAGAUACUUGUGAUAGUUCAGAAAAGUUUCAGAGGUGAAAAGUCUAUGAUCUUUGUGCAUGAUGUCCAAACAAAGAUAUCUUAAAGUGUGUUCUUUGAACUUGUUCUCUGUGUGUCAAGAGGAGUGUGUGCCAUUUGUGGUUCCCAGUCUAUUCAGGCCUGCAGUCAUAUUCAGCUGAAAGAGCAGAAGGCUAUGUCAUGCUAUAUACUGGACUUAAUGGACUGAGCCUGCUCUCCUACUUUGCUGGUGCUCCAUUUGAACUGCCUUCAAAUGUUUGUGAGCGUCCAUGCUUGUAUGACAUAUGUAAUGUGUGUCUGUUUGUGUGUUUACUCAUUAAAAGUUAUGAUUACUGAGAUCAGAAUAUAACCAAACCCACUGGGUACAGACGUCAGUUCA